AUGUUGCCUGGUGCUGCUGCAUGCAAGAGAAUGCAGCAGCAGCAGCAGCAGCAGCACCAGGCAUUCUCUCGAGAAGCAUACGAAGACAGGAUGAGCAACAAACACCACUGGGAUAUUGCUGGUGCUACUGGUGGUGCAACUAGCUGGCUGUAUGACAGAGUUAGCAGCUAUCGUGGUGAGAGAUCGAGAAGGCAAGUGGCUAGGAUUCGGGCCGGGCCGGGCCGGGCAGGACAGGGCAGGGCCGUGGCAAUCGAGCAGCCAGCCAGCCAGCCGUCUUUGUGGAAGUGA